CAAGCGCACGACUUGGUACGAUACACGUGCAUGCACGCGUGUAUACAAUAAGGGCUAAUAUGCAGCAGUUUUCGCACAACGAUUGUGCAGGGCAUUUUUCAUAUUCAUCAUGCAUUGAUCCGUGCCUCCUCGCCGGAGAACACAUCGAGUGACAUCGCGAUGUCACGUUACAUCACCGUGACGUCGAUUAAAGUGAUUGUCAAUACUUUCACCAAGUAUGUAACAACAGUUCCUUAUUUAAAUAUGUAAGUAUAACAGAGCGAAACGUGGCAGUCGUAAGUUGUAGAAGCGCGCGGUGAUUGUAAGGUCAAGAUAAUAAUUUAGGGAAAGAUAUUUCUACAUGCCUCUGAAUUUCAUUCAGAUUAUGUUGCAAGCAAUAGUUUUGCUUAAUAAUUUUGCUCCUGAGAUAUUCUGUUAUUUGAAGUGUUAAUUACACCAUAUGUUGUAUACAUUUUGCUAAUUGCUGUUAAAAGCUAUUCUGUAGCUGCCGAUGAGCCACAAGAAGCAAGUAAAUCAUGUUUUAUUUGUGUUCAAUGCAGUAUUUGUGUGUAUAUUGUUGGAUAAAGAAGUGUUAGCUGAUAACACUUUAUACUAUUUGAAGUCUUUAUAUACUCCAUAUCUGCUUCGUAAUUAAUGUUAUCUCAGGGUCAUGUCAUCUUAAAAAUAUAUGUCGAUGAUUAAUACAUACAGUAUGAUUGGUUAAUGGUCGUUUUCUCCUUACAGUUCAUGCCUAAGCUGGAUACGAAGCAUUUAGUCGAUUCUGUUCGACGCAAGAUUGCAGAUGCAAUCUGUCCACAACUGUGACGAAUAUGGAUUUCUUUGUAGGUGUGGAUGUGGGGACAGGAAGUGUUCGAGCGGCUUUGGUUACUUCGAGUGGGAAGAUAAAGAAGGUGGCUACAUGCCCGCUCGAGAUAUUUCAUCCUGCACCAAACUUUUAUGAACAAUCAUCUGAUAAUAUUUGGAGUGCCGUGUGCCACGUUGUUAAGUCAGUUGUUGCUGAUAUCUCUGCAGAGGAUGUUAAAGGAAUUGGAUUCGAUGCUACUUGUUCAAUGGUGGCUGUAGAUGAAGCAGGUUUACCAAUAACAGUUAGUCCUACAGGACAAGAGAAACAAAAUGUCAUACUGUGGAUGGAUCACAGAGCACACGAGGAAGCUGACUUUAUUAACUCUAUAGGUCACGAUGUAUUGCAAUAUGUAGGCGGCAAAGUUUCUCUCGAAAUGCAAACACCAAAGAUGCUGUGGCUCAAAAAGAAUUUGCCUGCGUCUUGGAAUUCUGCCGCGCUACUAUUUGACCUACCAGACUUCUUAACGUGGAAAGCCACUGAAUCGGAAUCCCGAUCAUUGUGUUCGUUAGUGUGUAAGUGGAAUUAUAGCGCUAAUCCUAUUGGUAAGAACGGAUGGGAUGAGGAUUUCUUUGAACAGCUCAAUUUACGAGAUCUGAAAAAAGAUAAUUGGAGAAAAAUAGGGAACGAUAUAAGAGUACCUGGUGAUGCGAUUGAAUCCGGAUUGUCGACGAAAGCUGCGGCAGAAUUGGGAUUAUUGAAAGGAACACCAGUUGGGACCUCGUUAAUUGACGCACACGCCGGUGGUCUUGGAAUGAUUGGAUGUUAUGCAUCAGAUGUGUCCUCGAAUUUCUCCAACCGAUUGGCUUUAAUAUGCGGCACUUCAACUUGUCAUAUGAUAGUGAAUGAGAACAAGAUAUUUGUAAAUGGCGUUUGGGGCCCGUACUAUAGCGCGAUGGUGCCCGGUUUCUGGCUCAAUGAGGGAGGUCAAAGUGCUACCGGAAAGCUGCUUGAUCAUGUCAUUGAUACGCAUCCUGCGACGCCGGGAAUCCUGAUGAGUUUGAGCGGCAAUAAACAUAUUCAACAACAUUUGUCCGAAUUAUUGCACGUUAUGGCUGAGCAAAAGAAUCUGCAGAACGUGUCGUAUCUGACUAAGGAUAUACAUGUGUGGCCGGAUUUUCAUGGUAAUCGUUCGCCUCUCGCUGAUCCAACAUUGAAAGGAAUGGUAUCUGGAUUAUCUUUAUCUGUGGAUCAGGAAAAUCUAGCGUUAUUAUACUUGGCAGCAGUACAGGCACUGACGUAUGGUACGAAGCAUAUAAUUGAAGUUUUAUCGGCGGCCGGCCACAAUAUCGAGAGUAUACUAGUUUGUGGUGGACUCAGUCAAAAUCCACUAUUUAUUCAAAUACAAGCCGAUGUGUUGGCAUUACCAGUACUUUGCCCCGUGGAGCGAGAAUCGGUUUUGGUAGGCGCGGCAAUCCUUGGAGCAUGUGCUACGAGAAAAUAUUCUAUACAUGAGACUAUUCAGAGAAUGGCGGGAUCGGCAAACAUAGUGAAACCAACGAGCGAAUGUUACAAAUAUCAUUUUCGUAAAUAUCGCGUAUUCAAGAAAAUGGUUCAAGACCAGCAAGAAUACAGGAUAUUAAUGAGCGAAGAAUUAUAGCCUAUUCUUCCGUCCCUUGUUUAAACAGAUUAACAAUAGACUGUUUAGUAAAUCUUUUUAUAAUUGGGAGUUUGAAUGAAGAUAAAUAAUCUCCGAAUAUUCGAUAUUCAAGAGAAAUCUCUGAGGCCUCGAGAAAUGAAUUUAAUUUUCUAGAAAGUUUCGGAUUGAGUUUUCUGCAAAGAAACAAUAUUUCGCUGGAAAAUAAAUCGAUAUUGCAUCUGAAAUAUCAUUUGCUCUAGUAAUAGAUAAAAAUAAUUACUUACUGUGACAUUAAUGACGACAAUGGUAGUAAUAGUUGUGUGCGUAGUUUGCGAUUUACUACGUCGUUUUACAAUGGAAUUAUUAAGAAUCUAGAAUACUGACAUUAUUUAUGAUAUAAUACUGAUUUUUAAUGUUUCAAAACGAUGUUUUGCGGCGAUGAAUAUUCCUUGCAGUCUAAUUCAUCUUGUGGUCUGAAAAAGACAAUGCACUUAUUAUUAUAUAUUUUUAUAUUCAUUUAAUUUUGGAUCU